AAGAGGGCUGAAACUGAGGAGACAGGCGGCAUCUUUAACCGGCUGAAAUUCAGCUUACAUUAUUGCAGUUGAUUACAGUUGAAGAAGAAAGGGAAGAGGAACAUCAGCUCCAAAGACUAGAGGAAAAAGCUGGAGCUGCUUCCAAUGAGUCAAUUAGAAGAUCUAAAGAAGAACCUUUGGGCUUCCUGCCAUUCCAUAUGUCUUUAGAAGGGAGUGCUUUGAGAAACAUGGCUGAGCUGGAAACCAGUCUGGGUGAAGUCGUCCUAAGCCACAUUGCGAGUUCACCGCUGGAUCCAUUUCCACCCAAAGAUUUCAGAGGAAAGUUUAAGAAGAUGCGCCAGAAGAAGAGGCCCACCAUUCUUGAAACCUCACCCGUGGGGAACGGAUACAGCAAACCUCCCAUCCCUGCAGUCAGCUGUCCUCAGGGAGAGAAAGGCCUGCCAGUCAUGAUGCCCAUCAGCAUCGAUCCGGAGAGCAGGCCGGGCGAGUACGUCCUCAAGAGCCUGUUUGCCAACUUCACCACCAUGUCUGAGCGCAAGAUCCGCAUUAUCAUGGCUGAGCCUCUGGAAAAGCCAUUAACAAAGUCACUACAGCGGGGAGAGGAUCCUCAGUUUGACCAAUUGAUAAGCGCCAUGAGCUCACUGGCUGAGUACAGUCUUCCCUCCAUCCUGCGCACUUUGUUUGACUGGUACAAAAGGCAGAACGGGCUCGAGGAAGAGUUGCACGAGUACCGGCCAAGAGCCAACACAAAAUCCAAAAAUGAUGAGCAGCAGAGAGAUUAUUUACUUGAAAGAAGAGACAUGGCCAUUGACUUCAUCUUCUCUCUUGUACUUAUAGAAGUUUUGAAACAGAUGCCGCUCUACCCUGCCCUUGAUGGUUUGGUCAAUGAAGUCAUUAACCUAGCCUUUAAGCACUUUAAAUACAAAGAGGGAUAUCAUGGUCCUAACACUGGAAACAUGCACACUGUAGCAGACCUUUAUGCUGAAGUCAUAGGUGUACUGGCCCAGUCCAAAUUUCCUGCCGUAAAGAAGAAGUUCAUGACUGAGUUGAAGGAGUUGCGGCAGAAAGAGCAAAGUCCAUAUGUCGUGCAGAGCACCAUUAGCCUCAUCAUGGGGGUUAAGUUCUUCCGAGUGAAGAUGUAUCCAGUGGAAGACUUUGAAGCUUCUUUUCAGUUCAUGCAGGACUGCGCCCAGUAUUUUUUAGAAGUGAAAGAUAAGGACAUUAAGCAUGCCCUGGCUGGCGUCUUUGUUGAGAUCCUGGUGCCUGUUGCUGCAGCUGUGAAGAACGAAGUGAACGUACCCUGCCUGAGGAACUUUGUGGACAGCCUGUAUGACACAACGCUGGAUCUGUCUUCAAGAAAGAAGCACUCACUGGCCUUUUAUCCCCUGGUGACAUGUCUGCUGUGUGUUAGUCAGAAGCAGUUCUUCCUUAACAGAUGGCAUGUCUUCCUCAACAACUGCCUUUCAAAUCUCAAGAGUAGGGAUCCUAAAAUGGCUCGUGUUGCUCUGGAGUCCUUGUACCGCCUGUUGUGGGUUUACAUGAUCAGAAUAAAGUGCGAGAGCAACACUGCAACACAAGGUCGUCUGAACACCAUCGUAACAACGCUUUUCCCCAAAGGGUCUCGCAGCGUGGUGCCGAGAGACAUGCCUCUCAACAUAUUUGUCAAAAUCAUUCAGUUUAUUGCGCAGGAACGAUUGGAUUUUGCCAUGAAAGAAAUCAUCUUUGACCUUCUUGGUGUUGGAAAACCUGCAAAAGCCUUCAGUCUUAUUCCUGAGAGAAUGAAUAUCGGUCUGAGAGCAUUCCUAGUCAUAGCUGACAAACUGCAGCAGAAGGACGGGGAGCCUCCCAUGCCGAAUACCGGUAGCUCGUUGCCCUCUGGGAAUACGCUCCGAGUGAAGAAGACAUACCUGAGCAAAACGCUGACAGACGAGGAGGCCAAAGUCAUCGGAAUGUCUCAUUAUUAUGUUCAUGUGCGGAAAGCGGUUGACAGCAUCCUAAGACAUCUCGACAAGGAGGUGGGACGCUGCAUGAUGAUGACAAACGCUCAGAUGUUGAAUAAGGAGCCCGAGGACAUGAUCACAGGUGAAAGGAAGCCAAAGAUAGAUCUGUUUAGGACCUGCGUUGCUGCUAUUCCUCGUAUCCUGCCUGAUGGGAUGUCCAAACUGGAGCUCAUUGACCUGCUCUCUCGGUUGACGAUCCACAUGGACGACGAGCUUCGCCUCAUAGCCCAGAACUCCUUGCAAAGUCUGCUGGUGGAUUUCUCUGACUGGCGUGACGAUGUUCUGUUUGGAUUCACUAACUUCCUGUUGCGUGAGGUCCAAGACACCCACCAGGGGUUGUUAGAUACGUCCCUGAAAUUACUGCUGCAGCUGCUCACACAGUGGAGAAUUACCCUGGCGUCUUCAGGAAAGAGCCACGACCUCUCUAAGCUGCACGCCGGGGAGCUGCUGAAUUCUUGCUCGGGCCACAAGACGCCUGCAGACAGAGGUCCUCACUCCACUGUGCUGCACGCUGUGGAGGGACUGGCGCUCGUGCUGCUCUGCUCCUGCCAGCUGAGCACCCGCAGAGUCGCCGUCGCUAUACUCAAAGAGAUACGAAGUCUCUACAUGACCAUAGGACAGUCGGAGGAUGAUGAAAAACCAAUGAUAGAGAUCAUGGAUCAGCUCAGCCCUGUUAUCAUGGAGAGUUUUAUCAACGUAGUUGUCCCCGAUGCGGCCUUCCUGGCAGCCGGCCACCACGUGGACCUCCAGUGCCUCGUGGAGUGGAACGCAGCGCUUGCCAACAGCCAGUAUGACAUCAUGAGCCCCUCGCACGUGUGGCUCUUCGCCCAGUCUGUGAAGGACCCCUGGGUGCUGUGCGUGUACAGCCUCCUCCAACAGGACAACCUUCCAAAGCACUGCCCCACGGCGCUCAGCUACGCCUGGCCCUACGCCUUCACGCGACUGCAGAUGCUCAUGCCCCUGGUGGACCCCAACAGUCCAGUGAAUGCAAAGAAGACCGGCACAUCUGGUAGCGGGGAGACCUACGUAACAUUAUGGAGAAACUACCUGAUCCUUUGCUUUGGGGUGGCCAAGCCCAGCAUCAUGAGCCCGGGCCACCUGAGAGCGUCGACACCUGAGAUCACGACGUCCACGCCUGACAGCUCUGUCAGCCAUGACAACAAGGUUAUUGGGAGCCCAUCUGUGGCUUGGCUUCUAAAGCAGCUGGUCCCACUGAUGAGAACAGAGAGCAUCGACUUGACAGAGUCGUUAGUGCUGGGAUUUGGUCGAACUAAUUUACUGGUAUUCAGGGAGCUUGUGGAGGAGUUACAUCCGCUAAUGAAAGAGGCAUUAGAAAGAAGGCCUGAGAACAAGAAGCGCCGUGAGCGGCGAGACCUGCUGAGGUUGCAGUUGCUUCGCAUCUUUGAGCUUUUGGCUGAUGCCGGUGUUAUCAGUGACAGUACAAAUGGAGCUCUGGAACGUGACACGCUUGCCCUCGGCGCUCUGUUCCUGGAAUAUGUUGACCUAACCCGGAUGCUUCUUGAAGCCGAAAAUGACAAAGACGCAGAGAUCCUCAGGGACAUCCGAGCUCACUUUAGUGCAAUGGUGGCCAACUUCAUCCAACGUGUACCAGUGCACCAAAGGCGAUUCCUGUUUGCACAGCAGAGUCUUCGGCAUCACCUCUUUCUCCUCUUCAGCCAGUGGGCAGGCCCCUUUAGCAUCAUGUUCACCCCUCUGGACCGCUACAGUGACAGGAAUCAUCAGAUAACAAGAUAUCAGUAUUGUGCGCUGAAGGCCAUGUCGGCUGUGCUGUGCUGUGGUCCUGUCUUUGAUAACGUUGGGCUUUCUCAGGACGGAUACCUCUAUAAAUGGCUGGAUAAUAUACUGGCCUGCCAGGAUCAGCGGGUCCACCAGCUCGGCUGUGAAGUUGUCGUCUUGCUUUUGGAGCUGAACGUCGACCAGGUCAACCUGUUCAACUGGGCCGUGGAUCGCUGCUACACCGGUUCCCACAAGCUUGCCUCAGGUUGCUUCAAAGCCAUUGCUUCAGUCUUUGCCAGCAGAAAAAACUACCCAUGUGACAUUGUUACUCUACUGAAUCUUGUGCUUUUCAAAGCAUCCAGCACCAACAGAGAACUCUAUGAGAUUUCAAUGCAGCUGAUGCAGAUCCUUGAAGAUAAACUAUUGCUUUACUCUAAGAAGACUGCAGAGCUGAAGGCAAACAACAUCCUGUAUGGCACCCACGGUCCAUUGCCUCCUCUCUACAGUGUCUCGCUCCCACAACUCUCCACUCAACUAGCUCGGAUGUACCCAGAGCUCACGCUUCCCUUGUUUUCAGAGGUCAGCCAGAGGUUUCCAACCACUCACUCCAACGGCAGGCAGAUCAUGCUAACCUACCUCCUUCCCUGGCUCGGUAACAUUGAGCUGGUGGACAGCGGGUUGCUGCUUCCAGUCUUGACACCCUCAUCCCCAAGCUACGAGUCUUCCUGUCAGCUGACCAGCACAGAUUCAUUGCACUCACUGAAAGGCACCGGCUGGGGAUCCUCGCAAGCCACAUCUAUGGUUCUCAAUAACCUCAUGUUCAUGACAGCCAAGUAUGGAGAUGAUCUACCUGGACCAGAGAUGGAAAACGCCUGGAAUGCUUUAGUCAGCAAUGAAAAAUGGAGCAACAAUCUGAGAACCGCCCUGCAGUUCAUUAUCAGCUUGUGUGGUGUCAGCAGUGACACCACCCUUCUCCCUUACAUCAAGAAGGUCGUCAUCUAUCUUUGCCGAAAUAACACAAUGCAGACCAUGGAGGAGUUGUUGUUCGAGCUACAACAAACGGAUCCCGUCAACCCAGUGGUGCAACACUGUGAUAGCCCCCCCUUCUAUCGCUUCACUGCCACAAGCAAAGCCUCCACCGUGGCUUCAGGGACCACAUCAAGCAGCAACACUAUCGUGGCCGGCCAGGAGAACUUUCCCGACACAGAUGAUAUCAAGACCAUGAAGGAGAGCGAGGAGAGGCUUGGUCAUAAAAUGAGAGCACACAGCCGGCUGGAGUCGCGUUACAGCAGCAGUUCAGGAGGAUCUUACGACGAGGAGAGAAGUGAACCUCUGCCACCCUACGUGGAUUGGCUGAUGUUUGUUAUUGAAACGAACAAGCCCCACCCUCUGCCCAUGCCACUUAACGGAGGAUGCUGGGCUCCACUGGUGGACUUUUUACCAGAGACCAUCACCCCCAGGGGACCACUGCACAGGUGUAAUAUUGCAGUCAUCUUCAUGACAGAGCUGGUGGUGGACCACGGCGUGAGAGAGGACUGGACCUUGCACCUGCCUUUGAUCCUGCACGCUGUGUUUUUGGGCAUGGAUCACUAUCGUCCAGAGGUUUUUGAGCACAGCAAACGCCUCCUCCUUCACCUGUUCAUCACGUUGUUCUCCAACAACAAUUUUCAGUCCGUUGCAUCAGUUUUACUGCAGACCCGGGAAGUCAAUGUCAUCAAGACCCUCACUUGCAAAUCCAGCCUUCAGAUGGAAUAUUCACCUGCAGGUGGCUUUGACUUCCUGAGGGAGUGCCAGGCGUCUCCGGUACCAGACUCCGGUCUGAGCUCUUCGUCCACAUCGUCCAGUUUGAGUCUGGGGAGCCGCAGCAGCAACCUGCCGGAGAUCACACAGGAGAUGGAGGAGUUUGUGAGCUCCUGCAAGCUGAAUGAGAAGAGCAAUAAGCUCAUUGAGUUCUUGAUAACAAGACCAUAUGGACCAUUGUGGUGUCAUGAGGACAUUUCCCCAAAGAACCACAUUUCUAAAAGUACAGGACAGCUGACAAACUUCCUGCGGCAUGUAGUAUCUGUUUUCAAGGAGUCCAAGUCGGAUUACUUUUUGGAGCAGCAGCUCAGUGAAGUGGCGCUGCAGACGGCUUUGUGUAGCUCGUCUCGCCACUAUGCCAGCCGCUCCUUUCAGGUGUUCAGAGCGCUUCGCCAGCCCAUUUCGGCCCACGCCGUGUCCGACCUGCUGUCGCGGCUGGUGGAGGUCAUCGGCGAACAUGGAGAAGAAGUACAAGGCUAUGUGAUGGAGGUAUUACUCACUCUGGAAUCUGUUGUGGAUAACUUGGCGGAGUGUCUGAAAAACAACGAUCUCAUGGCUUUAUUCACGAGAGCGUCCUCCCCAGAUUUCCUAACUAGUUUCAAACAGCUGUCAAGCAGGAAGAGCACAGGGCAGCUCGGCCUCAGGAGAGAAGAACGGAGCAGGCACCAGAGGAGCUCCUCUGUCCCUAAAAAGUUUGGAGAAGCCGACAGGAAUUCAGAUCCUCCUCGCAGCGCCACGCUGGACCGCAUCCAGGCCUGUGAGCAGCAGGUUCUGUUAGCCAGGAUGCGCAGCUCAUCUUCAUCCAAAGACGCCGCCGCCGACCCGAUGAGCGUAAACCACCCCAGCAACCUGCUGGCCACCAUCUUCUGGGUGGCCGUGUCGUUGAUGGAGUCAGACUUUGAGUUUGAGUAUCAGAUGUCUCUGAGGCUGCUGAACAAGCUGCUGACCAACAUGUCGCUGGACAAGCAGGAGAACCGGGAGAAGCUGGAGAAGCUCCAGAGCCAGCUGAAGUGGAGCAGCUUCACUGGGCUCCAGCAGCUGCUGCUGAAGGGCUUCACGUCCACAUCCACCACUGACCUCACGCUGCAGCUCUUCUGUCAACUCACGCCUGUGUCCAGAGUGCCGGUGGUGGAUACAUCGCAGGCCAUAGGUUUUCCCUUGAACGUUCUCUGCUUGCUCCCACAUCUUGUGCAGAACUUCGAUGCACCAUCACCUUUUUGUCAAGAUGCUGCUGAGAAGAUAGCUCAGGUGUGCCUCGAGGAGAAGAAUGCCAAACUGUCCAACCUGGCACACGUCAUGACUCUGUAUAAAACUCACUCCUACACACGAGACUGCUUCUCUUGGGUCAACGUGGUGUGUCGGUAUCUCCAUGAGGCUUUCUCUGACAUCGCCCUCAACCUGGUCACUUACAUGGCGGAGCUGUUGGAGAAGGGUCUCCCCUGUAUGCAGCAGACACUUUUGCAAAUCAUCUACAGCCUCCUGAGCCACAUGGACCUGAGCGGAAUUCAAGCCAAGCCCUUCAACAUAGAGGUCCUCAAGACAAUUGAAAAGUUUGUGCAGACGGCCCAUUGGAGGGAAGCGCUGAGUAUCUUGAAGCUGGUAGUUUCUCGAUCGGCCAGUUUGGUGCAGCCUUCGCUCCCACAAAGUGACUUCUCCUUUGAAGACAUCAGUCGCAUCUGGGACCGCUCUUCCAAAGCCUUACCCGGAAAAACCCUGGAUUUUCAUUUUGAUAUCUCUGAGACACCAGUGAUCGGUCGGCGUUAUGACGAUCUGAAGCGCUCCCCGGGUCACGAUGUGAAGAGCAUGGUGACAGCUGUGACCCGGAGCACUUCCUCCACGUCGUCCGGAUCCAACGCCAACAACGUCCUGGUUCCAGUCAGCUGGAAGAGACCUCAGUCUUCACAGAAAAGAACACGAGAAAAGCUGGUGCACGUGUUGUCCCUUUGUGGACAAGAAGUGGGCCUCACUAAAAAUCCGUCGGUUAUCUUCUCUAGUUGUGGAGAGCUGGACCUGAUUGAGCACCAGCCCAGCCUGGUAUCCUCUGAUGAGGGGACCCGUGAGCUCGAAAACAUGGACGACACCACCUCCGAGCAGCAAUUCAGGGUCUUCAGAGACUUUGACUUUCUGGAUGUGGAGCUUGAAGACGGAGAGGGCGAGACUGUGGACAACUUCAACUGGGGUGUGCGUCGACACUCCAUGGACAGUUUGGACCAAAGUGACCUGCAGCCUCUGGAGGAGAGUCAGCUGUCCAGCAGCAUGCCGAGCCUCAGCAAGAUUGCCCGUGAAGACUCAGACGAAUCAUCAGAGGAGGAUUCCCUCACAGCCAGUCAGAUACUCUCCCACUCCCAGAUUACUGUCAGCCUUUCUCCGACGCCAGAGAUCAGUAGCGCAGACACCUCCUCUGCCGCUUUUGAUACACCCUCAGCAGUUUCAACCCCUGCGGGCACCAAAACUCCCAGUUUCGAGGUCCAGCUGUCAGACGACUCGAAGCAGCGGAAUGAGGUGUCACAAGAUGAUGACGACAGCAAUGUGCACGAGGACGACCUGUCGCUUUCUCUCAACGAACUGCCUCCCGAAUAUUCAUGUGUGGACAGUUUAAAUGUGGAUGUAGCGUAUCAUGGUUACAAAGAAGAGCUGGACUCGAGCGGCUGCUUACCCAGUCUUCCUGAAGAGGAGACAGAUGGAAUGCUGGAGUCCCGCUCCUCACCGCCACCGUCACCCUUCUUCUCUGCCAUUCUCGCUGCUUUCCAGCCAGCGGUGUGCGACAACGCAGAGGAGGCCUGGCGAGGUCACAUCAACCAGCUUGUCUCAGACUCAGACGGCUCCUGUGCAGUUUACACAUUUCAAGUGUUUUCGUCGCUGUUCCAGAGUAUCCAAGUUAAAUUUUGUUCCUUGACGUGCGAUGCUGUGAGUUACUUUGGUGAUGGCUUGAGAGGAUUGGGUUCAAAGUUUCUCAGGUCUUCUGAGAUCCUGGCGUCCUGCUCAGAGUGCCCAACUGUAUUUAUUGAUGCUGACACGAUUAUGUCCUAUGGACUUCUGGAAAAAAUGAAAUUCAGCGUGUUGGAACUUCAAGAAUAUCUUGACACUUACAACAACAGGAAAGAGGCAGCUCUCACUUGGUUGAGCAGCUGUAAAGCUACCUUUGCCAAGACUGCUGGGGAUGCAGUGACAUGCCAACCAGUGGAGCACGAGGAAAAGCAAAUGGAAUCUCUGGCUCAACUGGAGCUCUGUCAAAGACUGUACAAACUCCACUUUCAGUUGCUGCUGCUCUUUCAGUCUUAUUGUAAGCUGAUUGAACAGCUCCAUGCAAUAAGUUUGAUUCCAGAGCUCACAAAUAUGUCCAGCGAGCUAAAUGAAUUGAAGAGGAGCCUGAGGGCAGCAGCAGCCUCAGUGACAAAUGAUAAUAUUUCAGUGUUUGACACUUCCUGCUCUGAGACCAUCAUGAGCUCCUCUGAAGCUGCAGUUCAGGCCAUCCUGGAAAGCCUGAAGAACAAAGAGUUCCCAAAAGCAAUCCUCUAUAUUCGUGACUGCAGAGCACUGUGGCCUAACGACAUCUUCGGUAGCCCCUCUGAGGAUGCGAUCCAGACUUUGCUGAACAUCUACUUCAGGCACCAAACUUUGGGUCAGACGGGAACAUUUGCUCUGGUGGGCUCAAAGCAGGACCUGACAGAAAUCUCUCUCAGGCUGAUGGAACUCAACUGCGAGACUCGGGACAUGAUCCGACGAGCCCAGGGCUACAAAGCCAUCACAGCUUUUCUCCCUGACUCCAGGGUUUCAGGCUCAACGCUCUGAUGGCGGUUUGGCUGUGUGCUACGUUUGCAGAGCCCUGCAUCGCUCCAAACCUUACUACCUUGUCUGAGGCAGCUGCUAUUAUUUCAGAUGUUAACAAGAACUCUGUUCUUUCCCAGGAACAACCAAAACCUUAGCUCUUCCUACUUCUUUGAGAAUCUAAAUGGCUUGGAGUCAGAUCAUUAGACAUGCAGCAAUAAUGUUUUACAGUUUACUGAGCUGUUGUAUUAAAGUUAUCCCUUUCUUCGCACAAAUAACAUAAUCUGUCACAAACCAAACCUUUGCUACUGAGGUCAACAACUGCUCCGUUUAACCAACACACAUACCAAAGUGAAUUGAUGCUCUAUCAGUUGUGUGGUUUUAAUUGUCAAGGGAAAAUGUGCAAUCCUUUACUAAAGAGGAAGACCUUUUCUGUCUGCUGAAAGAAUGUAUUGGAAAACACUGUCAGAAGAGGGUAAAGGGAGGCGUCCUAACUUUAUUUUAUUAUGUCGAGUCCUCUGUUUGUGUUUGAGUGUGUUCCGAUGUAUUGAUUGUGCGUGAGUGUGUGAAUUAAAUUAUGACGACCAUCGCGGAUGGAAUUAUUGAUUCCGAUUUGUAUGAGUGGUUCACAUUAAAGUACUCCGACAUGGUGCAGCUCUACUGUAAGGUCAAACCUGCAGCUACCAUGUGGGCUAUCUGUUACUAAAAACAUCUUACUGUACCUUUUAACUGAGUUGCUUUUUGCAAGUAUAAUCAUUAUUUAUAUUUCAUGCAAGUGAAAAAAAAAUGCUACUAUCGUCUAGAUUUAUAGAAAAAAAAUAUAUAUAUUUUGUUUAAUUUGAUAUUCCUGCCAAGCUUGCAUAUUGGGUGCACUAUAAAACAAAUACUAUGAACAUACACUACCAGUCAAAAGUUUGGACACAAUCAGGGGCCGCUCUGGCCCCCGUCACAUGUCGAUAUGCCCCUGGGCGAGGCACUUAACCCCAAGUUGCCUACCAAUCGGCAUAUCGGUGUAUGAAUGUGUGCGCGUUAGUGAGCGUGAUUGGGUGAAUGUGGCUGUGACGUAAAGCGCUUUGAGUGGCCAGUAUGACUAGAAAAGCGUUGUGUAAAUUCAGUCCAUUUGCAACUCAUUUAAUGAGAACGUGUGAGAUCGGUGUCCAUUUUUGACUGGUAGUGUAUAUAUGUAGAAAUUAUUUUUGACUGGUGAUGUAUUGUAAAUAGAGAAAUGAGGGCUUUACUGGUUAGAUUGUAUUUUUAUGAAGGUAACCUUUAAGUUGCACACAAAAUGGGUAUUUACGUGUUCAUAAAGCUUCCACAAUUGCUGUUGUAGCCUCUGGCCUUGUAAAUAAUACAUGCCUUGGCAGCAUGUCAUUCGAUGGUGUUCUGUACACUUAUGUAACAAUAAAACAUAUUUGUUGACUAAGG